AUGCUCCUCCUCCGCGUUCUCGCCUCCCUCCUCUUCCACCUCCCCAUCGUCCUCUCCCUCCCGCAACAACAGCCCAACGGCUCUCCUCCUCCUCCUAUUCCCACUCACCAUCACCACCGCUACAACCGGAGUCUCGAGAUCGUCUCCCUCGUGCCUCCGCCGCCGCCGCCACCAACAACCACCACCAUCAUCGAACCAAUUCCCUUUCCGCUCCCACCGACGACGUCGUUUCCUCUGCCAAUCACCACGUCCGAUCCGUGGCGGGACAUGUGUAAGCCUGGACAGGAGUGUGAUUGCACGCGCAUCAAGGACAAGAAUGGCGAAGAAUACUUCCAAUGCGUCACAAACCCCCGCUGCGACCACUGCUGGAUCAACCUCACCACAACAAGCACCUCUCCCUCCUUCUCCUUCACGACCUUCUCACCAACGCCCAUAGUGACACUCGCCACGCCCCACGCAACGAAAAACCUCCUCAGCAGCAGCAGCAACACGGAUUACCGCACGCUUCUCCCGGGGACGUACACCAGCUCCUCCUCUUCCGCGCACGGCACCACCGCACACGUCGUGCAGCAGUCCGCUUCGAUCCACUUUGUGACGCUGACGGUGACGAGGGAGAGGGAGGUUACGCCUUUGUGUGAGGCGGCGUCGUCUUCGUCGUUGGGGAGUGGGAAGAAGAGGGGGGGAGGGGAGGCCGAGUAG